UGUGCGCUAAACACUGCUCGGCGUAUUACGCACCAUCGGAUCACCGAUGUUCUGAUUCUCAACAGAGGGACACCACACCACCUUGCAGCGCCGGCAAUGAUAUUCGACGGCCUGGACUUCCGGUCGAAGAAAGAUGAUGCGUGGUACGCCUGCGGCGUCGUUCUUGACGGAAAGAAGCUCCGAGUGAAGUUCAAGGAUUUUGUGGAGAGUUUCCAUGAUGAGGUUUUCUCCAUCGCUGAUUUCUCCACUCACCGUGAAAUUGAACAAUUUCUCCUUAGAUUCCGUCCGACGUCCAUGCCGAUAGAGGAGAAUGAGUGCUCCAAAGUGAUAGAAGGCAUGAUGGUCUCUGCUACAUAUACACGCGAUGGAUUAGUUCGAUUCUUUGAUGCCAUUGUUGAUGCCGUGAAUUACAAAGAGCACACACCUGGGAAGUGCAUAUGCACUUAUCUACUAUUCUGGCAACAUGGUCCUGCUGAAGGCAACAUAACUGCAGCAAGUAUUGAUGAUAUAUGCCUUAUUAUGUCUGGUGCCAUUGAUCCCAGAGUGACUGAAUUCGCAAAGCUUGUGAGGGAAAAACUUAGAGGUGCCUCUUCUCAAUCUAGUUUCACAUCCAAGGCUCCAUUUUUGUCUAAAAAAACAAGUUCAAACCAAACUCUCAUCAAGUUACAGGAGUUCAGUGGUGAUGGAGACAGUCGUAAUGGUGGAUCAUCUGAAGGGAGGGAAAAAUUCAAGAUUCAACUAAAUGAUCAAGACAGAGAUAUGGGAGGUGUCAAAGAUACUGGCUUUCAUCAUUACAUAAUAUUAGAAAAUCUGGAGAAAAAUCUAUCUCCAGUGUUAAUGACAGAGUUCAUACACGAACACACUUCAAUCACAGCACAAGCAUAUGUUUUUUUAAGCUUGUCAGCAGAAACAUAUGCUAGAGGAGCACUUGUUUUAAAUAGCAAAUCAAAGCUUAAGAGGAUAUAUGAAUUUAUAAACAACCCAAAUCACUUCAUUGUAUCUUCAUCUGGAAGGCCAUGGGUAAUAGCUGAAGACAUGCUUAGAAAUGGAACUUUCAACAUAAACCUUCAGAGCUUGCAGCUAAAGUGUAAGAACCAAAAUACAGAGAGCAAGUUAAUAAUUGUACGAUUAGGAACAGAUGAAUAUAUGAGAGCUAAACAACUGAAAGAGAUAUACAUGGAAUUUCGUGAUCAUGUAAAUAUACUUGUGGAGAAGUUAGAUAUGGAGGAGAAGAAGAACUUGAAUCCAUCCAGUGCAAAUUAGAGUCUGCAAAUUGUAUAUAUGCAGUUUCUAAUGAAGGUUUGUAACUUGUAAAGGUGCAAGUUUUUUUUUUGUGUAUGUAUGUGAAGUUGAGAUGUAAGAUAGCAGCUAUUAAGAGACCUGUGUUUGAUUCUUUGUUUGGUAGCUCUAGUGAAAUAAUCAUGUUUGUGUUAGAAUAAACCUACAAUAAUGUGACCUUAGGACCGUUUCUGUAAUGAAUAAUGUGUUAGUAAUAUAUUUACUGAUUUUAUCCUC